UGCCUGGGCAGCCCAUCGUGUCACCCUAAGUUAAGGGUGAGUAAGGAGGCCGGCCCACUGCGUCCGGAGUGUAAUCAGAUGCAGUGCACUUCACAUCUCCUGCAGAUACAGUGCUAAAUCGUUUUUGCUAUCGCUGUGUUGCAUUCGUCAACAGCAAAGGUAAAAGCACUUUCCAUUUCAUGCAAUUUAUUGUGAUUGUGCUGCGUGAACCGCCUGGCGGAGAGCACUCGCUGCAUUGAUCCGCGAUUGAUGGGGGACCUGCAAACACUGCUGCUGCUUUCAGUUUCAGAGUGGGCGCUUGUUGGGAUCACAUGGCACAUAGUGAUCUCGUUAACGUUCAUGCUUGUGGAUGAAAUAAGCCACAGGGGAUUUAAUGACAUGGAGACUCACGCAGGGCGAAAGAAAGACAUCACCAAAAAGAACAGCGUCGUCAAACUCCUGGUGUAUUAACCAUUUAAUGAAGGACUUUUGUAAUUGAGCAGGAAUUGACUUUCUCUUGCUUUGGAGUGCAUUUCAAUUUGACACUGGACAACUAUCGAGAUUACACAUAUCUUCGAAAUGCGAUAUUCAAGUUGAAUAUGCAAUAUCCGAGUUAGCCGGCACCUGCUCUGGACGUACUAUCUCCGCCUUCUCCAUCUUACUAGUUUCUCUCACGCGUUCCAUAUGACAUUUACCAAAAUGUCCGUGUUUGGUUCGUGCCUGACCGAUAGGCGGAUUCCUAUGAGUAUGUACGCCGUGCUCGUCACGACAGUCGCUAUGUCCUCCAUACAUAUCCUUCUCGGAUUUAUCAGUGUCAUCGUUGGAAUAGUCUCAAGCAUCCAAGCGGAAGUUUGGCUGGCUCACAGAGUCUCGCCAAUAUGGAGUGGGGGUUUCUUCAUAAUAACCGGUAUCCUUGGAAUAUUUUGUGCUCAGAAAAAAACAGCGUAUGUGAUUUUGUGUUUCACUGCCUUCUCCAUCGUCUCCUUGGUAACGGCAGUGGUCAACAUUCAACUGCUCCGACUCGGCCUGGUCAACCAUACGACAGAUGGACAAACCUUCCAGAAGGAAAAACUCGAUAUCCUCAUCAUCAUAGCACUGGUGGCUGCCGGGUUAGAGACCCUUAUAUGUAUGGUCUCCUCUUUCGUGAGUUGUAGGCUCGCGAAGGCGGCCAAGAAAGAGAUGUUUAAAAAGCGCGACGGGACAUUCCACGUGCAGGUACUGGGCGAGAAGGAUGUGGUCAUCGUGACGAAACACCAUAAAAAAAACAAGAAGUGCCCGGAUCGACAGGCGCUAACGGCCGAACAUGGUGGCAGUCUCACACUUCAUGUCAUAGAAAGGAAGAAGGCGGAGGCCUUGCAAAAGAAACGACAGAUCCAGAUGGCAGAGCUGCUUAAAUCUUCCCGGGGGAAACGACCAUCGACCGCAGAGGAUGCCGAGCAGUUGACCGAGUUGCGGACAGCACGGUGUAGUUUGUCCGUCGUGUGAAAAGGACCAUUGAGAAAAUUUGCGGAGGAAAGACAAUGACAUAAACGGAUCAGCGAUGCAAGGUUCCCAGACCAAUCGACUUCUAGCGGAGGAUAUAGGCAAGAGCUAGGAGGUCAAAUUGGUUGUCUUCAUGUGACUAAUGGGCACAGGGCUGUGUUUGAUUCUGCGAUAUUCCACGUAUUAAAGCGAAAAAUACUUAGUUGUGUUGUUCUAUGGUAUAGGAGAGACCCCUUUCGGCAACUUUGUGUAACUUAGCUUGACCUGAUCUGGCUGCUGCCUAUAGUCUCCCUUUUAGACUCGAAGCAACAAAUGGUGCAUCUUUGCUGCUUUAUACGACUGGUUUCAUGGGUACUUGAAUAGUUUAAUCUUAGCAAUCUUUUCCUAUAACAUGGCAAGGCAGCCUUCGUUGUUGCGAAAUCUCCACUCUGUUCCGACUGGGACAUGUAAUAUCUCGCGGCGAUGUGCUGUCAGAAACAUUGACUGUAUUCUCGGAUCAUCAAAGAUUUUUAAUGUUUGUUCAGCGCUGGCCAGUGAUUUGCUUGUGUUUUGUAGCUUGAAUGCGAUGGUGCACGUCACGAUACUCACGUAGAAUUUGCACUCAGCCAUAAUGUAUGUCAACAUUACACGUUUAGGCUGCGUAACAAAAUAAGCACGGGAUCGUGAUGCGCGGCUGUUGUGAAAACAUCUUGUGGCAAUGUUAUCUACAUGUAUAUGCAUACAAUUUCGGCCUUCACGACAAUCUCAUUUUCUCUCAUAUUCCUUUAAAAUCGUGAUACCACUUCUGAAAUUUACAUCGAUGCAUUGGUAAUACGGUAAUACCAACCAGUCUUCAUAUAUAAUAUCACGUUUUGUCGCUGGUAUAUGGGAUUUGCAGGCAGUAUUGGACAGGAAGAAUCAUUGAUUGCCUCAGCGAAGUAAUUACGGCUUGCCUAAUUCCACCGCGCCAAUAACGAAGCAUUAUUGCAAUGAUAGAUCACCAGCAAAGAAACAUGUCGCUUGGCAACGCGGAGACAUGAUUCAUUUGGUCCUAAUCUGUAUGAUCUGAACGCACUUCUUGAUUGAAAUGAUUGACAUCGCUUUGCAGGAGAUGACACGUCACAGCCAACUUGAUCAUUAUGCGACAUCGUUUUAUCUAGUCACGUCUACUAGAAAUUUACGUGGGUAUACAUUUUCAUUCACAGACAAAAGGACUUCUUUGGGUGGGAAGGAACUGGUGUGUAGUGCCGAAAGCAGAAUUUAGAAAGAUUUCCGGCCUUAAAUGCUAAUGAGAAUACCUAAAUACAUGUUGCUGCAUCCGCUAUUCCCGGCGCGUCCGGCAACCACGGGGUGCAACAUGUAUUCCGGGGGAGAUUUCAGUCAUAUUUGAUGGGAAAUGGGCGAGCUUGAGUUCGCGAAUGUAAUUUCUAGCGCCAUCUAUAGUACAGAUGUCUAAACAACUGGACUUGGUAUAGGUCAGUUGCUGUCCCUUUAAGAUGAACCAUUUCUUGAUAAAUUAAUGAUCACGGUUACGAAUUUGUUCCAUGAUUAGUAAUGGCUUUGAAUAUUAGAUAUUCAUUGUGUUCUAGCGUCAAGAUAACGUUAAUGUAGUUGUGUUUGUAUAGAUUUUGAGCGAGGUUAUUUCCACGACUGUCGUGUACGGACCAGCGAAAAUGACCUUGCGUCCACGACUUGAUUGGAUAAAAUAAGUCGUGGACGGAACGUCACUUUCGGGCUUGCGUCCACAAUAAAGUCGUGGAAAUAACCACUUUAAUAGAUUUUAUAUGGAAAACCUAAUAUA